ACGACUGACGGCUGGACAGUGCUACACUCUGCUGUUACAAAAGGCACAUAUAAAAAGCAAAAUUCCAGUGGAAGAAUGAGCGUAGGUGAAGAAGAAAAGCCCCUGCAAUUUCAGGAUGAACAAAGACAGGAACUUGAACGGACAGUUACAGAUGUAAAUGGCAAGGAUACCGACUGCUCCGCUGUGCUGCACUCUGCUGUUACUGAAUGUACGCUUGGAAUAGUAAAAUACCUUGUUGAAAAGGGCGCUACUGUAAAUGGCGAGAAUACUGACGGAUUGACUGUGCUGCACUCUGCUGUUACAGAAGGUAAGCUCGAAAUAGUAAAAUAUCUUGUUGAAAAGGGGGCUGAUGUAAAUGGCAGGGAUACUGACGGGUGUACUGUGCUGCACUCUGCUGUUACAGAAGGUAAGCUUGAAAUAGUAAAAUAUCUUGUUGAAAAGGGCGCUGAUGUAAAUGGCAGCUAUACCGAUGGGUGCACUGUUCUGCACUCUACUGUCGCUGAAGGUAUGCUGGAAAUAGUAAAACAUCUUGUUGAAAAGGGCGCCGAUGUAAAUGGCAGCAAUACUGAAGGGUGGACUGUGCUCCACACUGCUGUUACUGAAGGUGCUCUUGAAAUAGUAAAAUAUCUUGUUGAAAAGGGCGCUGAUGUAAUUGCCAAAAAAAGAAACGGGUGGACUGUGCUGCACUCUGCUGUUACAAAGGGUGUACGCUUGAAGUAGUAAAAUAUCUUGUUGAAAAGGGCGCUGAUGUAAAUGUCGUUUA